AUGGAUCGCAACACAUUCGACCGUCUAUGUCGUAUUCUGUACGAGCGUGGUGGGCUGCGUAUCGGCAAGGUCCUCGGGGUAGCGGAACAAGUCGCCAUGUUCCUUGGGGUUCUAGCACACCACACAAAAAAUAGGAUUGUAGGUUUUCAGUUUAGCAGGUCGGGUGCCAUUGUUUCAUACUAUGUAAACAAGGUCUUAUGUGUUGUAUUGUCAUUGUACCCAAUGUUGCUAGCCAAACCUACACCUGUCACAGAGGAUUGUGAAGAUAGCCGCUGGAAAUGGUUCAAGGGAUGUCUAGGAGCUUUGGAUGGCACACAUAUACUCGUCUUGGUCAGUAGCACAGAAAAACCUCGGUAUUGGACUCGGAAGGGCCAAAUAGCUACAAACAUAGUAGCUGUUUGUGAUCGCAACAUGCAGUUUGUGUAUGUCCUAACAGGAUGUUACUAUUACUUGUGCGAUAAUGGUUACGCAAAUAGCAAUGGGUUCCUUACGCCUUUCCGAGGUGUUAGAUAUCAUCUGAAAGAAUGGGGACCGGGUACCGAGAUCAGGGCAAAUAUGAAAGAUAUGCCUGAUUGCUCUUGUGGGAUUGGAAAAAUGGUGAGGCGAACAGCUGGGAAGACAGCUAUGAAUCCAGGCAGGAAGUAUUGGAAGUGUCCAGUUGGAGGACAACAUUCGGGUUCAUUCAUGUGGUGCGACGAGAGAGCAAAUUAUACCGCCGCACGAGAAGCCACGUCGGAGGUGGAUUCAAAGAGCUACUUCGAUCAGAAAGUGAAUGCAAUUGGGCAAAAGUAG